GCAGCACAGAAACGUUCCGGCACUCCGUCCGAUUAAAUCUCUGUUUAUAUUCUUAUAGAAGUCGUGUCCAGUUACCCUGAUUGCGUUCUCUAUACUGAUUCGACCCUUCACCGCUGACUGAGGACGCCUCUGAACUGACUUGCUCCCCCUCCGGACCAGCGAUGGGAUUGUUGGAGCAGUGCCAGGAGCUCUUCAAGACCUCCAACCUGUACGAGGUGCUCGGUGUGAUGAAGGAAGCGUCGGAUGCAGAACUUCGGCGUGGUUAUUAUAAAGUUUCCAUGCAGGUUCAUCCCGACAGAGCCCCUGAUGAUGAACACGCAACCAAAAAAUUUCAGAUAUUAGGGAAGGUCUACGCUGUGCUGAGUGAUAAAGAACAAAGAGCCGUGUAUGAUGAACAGGGUGUAGUGGAUGAAGAGUCGGACUGUCUCACUCGGGACCGAAACUGGGAAGAACACUGGAGAAGAUUAUUCCCGAAGAUCACUCUGCAGGACAUCCUGGACUUUGAGAAGCAGUAUAAGGACUCCAAGGAGGAGAAGCAGGACCUGACGAGGCUCUACCUGCAAUUCGAGGGCAACAUGGACCAAAUCAUGGAGUCUGCGCUGUGCUGUAGCCACGACGACGAGCCUCGCGUCAGGGACAUCCUGCAGAAGGCCGUCGAUGCCGAGGACGUUCCCGCUUACAAAAGCUUCACUCACGAGAGCACCAAGAAGAAAACAAACCGCAGGAGGAAGGCGGAGAAGGAGAAGCAGGAGGCCGAGGAGCUGCAGAAGGAGAUGGGACUGAGUUCCGAGGCCAGUCUGGUAGCCAUGAUCAGGCAAAGGCAGAAGGCCAAAGAAAAAGAUUUCGACUCGUUCCUGUCGAACCUGGAGGCCAAGUACGCCAAGAAACCUUCAGCAAGCAAGAAAUCAAAGAAGAAGUGAGAAGGACAGAAGUGUUGAAUCUACCAUGGACUGAUUCAUUACCUGAUUAAAGGAAAAUUCAAGCAGGGUGGUGAUUUGUUUUGUUUAGUUUUUUAUUAUUAUUUUUUUGGGGGUCCGCGAUAGAUUGGCAUCCUGUGCGGGGCAUGUUACUGUACUGCACCCAGUGGUUCUGGGGAAGCCUGACCCACCGUGGCCCUGACCAGGACAAAGCAGUUGUAAAAUAUGCAGAAAUAUUUUCUUUUUGUUGUUGAUGUUUGAGUUAAUUGUUAGUUUCAUGUUUCUGUUUAAAGUUACACUCAAAUCCUAAAGCAAAGCACCUACUUCUAAUCUACCCUCCGCUGUACAGACUGAUGCUCUUCAGGUCUGAUCUGAUCUAAUAAUAAGAAGUGAAGAAAAUGUUCAUACUGACUCCAAACUCACUGCUGUUUCAGACCCGACCCAGAAAAUCCAGUCAGAAUCAUCCGAGCUCUGCGCCCAGGUGGCGCAGCGGGAUAUUCCGCUAGCACACCAGCACCAAGUUUCUGAACUCCUCUGUUCGAAACUCGGUGUUGCCACCAGCUGGGUCGGCUGGGCGCCAUCUGGCGGGCAAAAUUGGCGGUGCCUGCAGCAGAUACUAAUUGGCCACCGUAUCUGCAGGGUGGGGGCCGGACUAUGUGUGGGUGGGUGGGUCUUCAUACGCUGUGUAAGGACCCUGAUUGGCGGAAGAGACGCCUGUGCAGGGGCGAGAUAAGGAGGGCUGUGCACGUGUCGGAAGAGGCGUGUACAGCGACGUGCUCUCCGGAUGCAAUUUGAUAUCUGUCAGCAGCGGAAGACAAAAAUUGAGUGUGCUAAAUCGGGAGGAAAAUGGGGAGAUAAUGCAUUAAGAGGGUGAAACUUAUUAAGAGACCCCGAUCAGAACCCGAUUAACGUCCAGCAGAAGAUGCUUUGUCUGAAUAGGGCUGUUAUAUAAGUCUGUUGGACGUUCAGUUGGCCAAUUAGGUAAAACAAGCAAUUUUUUAAUAUAAGUGGUUACAAACAUCAUCGUUCAGAGUAAAAGCAGCUCAAAUCUUCACCUAGAUGGAAUAAUGAAGGUCUAACAAAGGGAGUAGUAAAACAGUAUAAAAAUGUGAUCCAUGCUCCACACAAAUACUUCAUAAUAAAAGUCUAAUAGCACUUCGUACUUAAUAGUACCUCAUUUCUGAGCUUAGAUGGUGACCAUAUAUUUUAGCACAGCUGAUAAUUUGGGGAUCUCGGGUUCAUUCCUCUGUUUUGUGGCUCCUGGAGGCAGAAGGAGCUUUUAAAUCUAAUAAACAUGUUUCAGUAAA